GGAGGAGCAGAGGCAGCGCUGGUUCCCAGGGGAACACCUUGCCUGCCCAGGGGGAGGAGCAGAGGGACAGAGCGGUUCUGCUGGCACCGAGCACCUGGCCAUGCCCAGCCCAGCCCAAGAAUCCCUGCCAGAAUUCACUGCAGCAUUUCCCGGCCCCACGGCGGGUCCGGCUCGGCGGGCAGGCGGCUCCAGGAGUUGCAAGUGGGCAAAACGGGGCCGAGGGAGAGGAGGCAGGUGGUGCCAGUGGGUGAAAUGUCUUUGCUGCGAGCUGGCAGGGAGAGGAGGAGGGAGCAAGUGGUGCCAAGGAAAGGGGAGAGAAAGCGGGACAAGGCUGGAGCGGUGGAAGGCGGCGGGGAUGGCCAUGGGGCAGGCGGGCAUUUUGCUUUAGAGCUCUGUGGGAAGAAGGGAAGAACUGAUAAAUCCUUUCAGGUAAAGAAAGGUGGAAAUAGAAGGUGGUGGAAACCGCCGAAAAUUGGGGUUCAUUGCAUCUACCUGAACUGCAAAUGGCCAAGCUGGGGACCUCGGCCCUGGCGGCUCCCCUCCCGAAUAAAGCGCGAUAGGAAAAAGGCUCCAAGAGCGCGGACGAAGCGGGGAACAGCGUCCGCUCUGCCGGCAUCGGCAGCCGGGGUUGUCCCGCCCCUCGCCGCUCUCCCGCUCGCUGAUUGGUCAAACCGAAAACUGCAGCUCCGCCCCCACAGCGGCUUUGAACAGGGGCGGGAGAGGAACGGCUGUGAGGAGCAGGGACCGGGACAGGGGAACUCCUGGGGUGGUCGCGUGUAGGAUCGGCGUGGCGGCGGAGCUCGGAGAUUGCCCCAGCACAGGUGGGACCCACGCCCUGUUGUGCACGGCUCGGGGCUCGCUGCUAGCGCAGGGCCAAGGGCCGGUUCAGGUGGGUUCCCUGUGCCGGGUUCCCCCGUGUCCCCCCGGCGCUGAGAUGGCGGAGGGAGCGGCUGCCCGCGCUCUCCUCCGUGCCCGGCUCGCUGGGGACGAGGCGGUGCCGCAGCAGCGAUGGCUCAUCCCGGCUGCUCUCGCUGGGACACAGGGGCUGCUCCGUGCCCACGACACUUCCCGGGCCUGCGGCCCCGGGCAGUGACCUCUCCUCAUGUCCCUUUCAGUGUGCCACCAGCGUGGGUGUGAAGCUGUUCCCGAGGCCGAUCUCCGAAAGGCUUUUCCAGCACUCCUGAUGUCUCCGGAGCAAGGGGCUGUUUGUUCCCAGCACAGAGAUGCCGGCUGUGAGCUGGAGGAGAGUGAAUUGUGCUCCCAUCAUGGAGUUGUGAAGGAGCUCCUGCAUCUCCAGGAGGCACCAGCAGCUGGGGUUCCACACUUGCCUGGGGUGCAAGAAGCCACUUGUCAUGAGCAGGGGGAUGCCACUUGUGAACAUGCAGGGAGUGAAGAUGUGGAGAGUGGAUUCUGCAGCCGUGAUGGGAGUGUGAGGGAGCCCCUGCAUACCCAGGGCAGGAAUGUACACAGGAUCCUCAGAAGCUUCCCAGGCAAGCGGUUCAGGUGCCGUGCCGUGCCCGUGUUGGUGCUGGUUGUGCUCGUGUUGCUGGUGCUGGCUUUGGCGGUGGCCUUGGCUGUGCAGUCAGCCCCAAAGCUUCCAGUCACGCCUGCGACUCCGCUCUUGGUUCUGGGCCCUCACCCUGGCUGGGUUGGAUGCAAUGGAGUCUGGUACUACUUCUCCAGGGAUUCCAGCACCUGGGAGCAGGGUCAGGAACGGUGCUCCGAGCUCGGGGCCUCCCUGGCCAUUGUCAAGGAUGAGGACCUGGGUUUGCUCUUCCGCCUCCGCGGGAACGUCGAUUACUGGCUCGGGCUGCGCAGACGGGGCCAGCGCCUGCACUGGGGGGACGGCAGCAACUUCAGCUCCUGGGUUCAUGUCCUUGGCGAUUCCGAGUGUGUGUUCCUGGCUGACAAUAAAUUUGUGAGUCAGAGCUGCUCCAAUGAGCGGCCGUACCUGUGCAGCAAGGCCCAAGCUCCCCUGUGACAGGGGCUGCAGAAAGGACCUUCUCCACGCUGGGCAGUGCCAGCUUCACCUCUCAGCCCGGCACAGCGCUGUCUAUGGAUGAUGACCAUUUGUGUGAGUUUAGGUUUCAGGCUCUGCCAGAGUCUGUGUCAAAGACAGGGGAGCAACUUUCUCAUUCUGGGCUGGGAAAAUCUGAAGGAUGAACCGAAACAAUCCUUGCAUUUCCCCUGCUGUCUGUGCGCUCCCGCGGCGCUGCGGGCGCUGGUUCCCCCCGUGUGCGGUGGCAACAGAGGUGGGGCACAGGCGCUGCCUCUCCUUUCCCUCCCCCGCCCCACUCCGCCACUUUUCUUUCUCCUCCCGCUCGAACCUGGGCAGAGCCGCCUCGAGACAGCUUGUGAGGCUGCGGGAGGUGCUUGUUUGAAAUUUCAGGUGGAGCUUUUUUACCGGGAAUGGGGCCUGGUUUGCCCCAUCUCCCGCAGCCCCGCGGAGCUGUGGCCGUGCGGGGCGGCCCUGGGGCCCCGAAGCCGCUGCUGCAGACACGGCAGGGCCGAGCAGCGGCCGCUGCGGCGGGAGGAAGCUUUUCUUUUCAGAGGAAAGAUGUAAUAAACAUGGGAUAAUUCAUGUUAAAAUAUAUGUAUAUGUAUAUAGUAAGAUAUGUCUAUAGGAAUAAAUAAAACUGGCAAAUCCGGGCUUGUAGCAAAUGCGCUUUAGGACAAACAAAAGCUGCUGCCAGGGAUUCAAGGUGGAACUGGAGACUCGAGAAUCACCGACAUUAACAACAGAAAGAGGGAUGGACUGACCCUCCUGGGCGAUGGGGGCUGUAAAGUGCCCGGCCAUCAGGAGCUAUAUCGAUUUAGCAGCAAUAUCGAGAAGAUAUUGCUCUCUAUUCACUGUCUCAUCUCUCUACUCACACUUUUUUGAGAGACUGAAUCUUCCCUCGAAAAGCCCUGUUCAGCAGACGAGAAGACAGGAAGAAACCUGUGAGGAAAAGAAGAAAGACAAAAGUCUAUGUGGGUCAUGGGAAAAAAUAAGUGUAUAUAAGUGUAUAUAAGUGUCUAUAAGUGUAUAUAGGUGUAUAUAAUGGGACCCCAAAAAGGGAUGAAUUUGUGAACAGGGGGCACUAUGGUGCAAUAGAGGCCAUAGUUUAAGUUCACCCAGUGCCCAUUCCCGGGUCUCGACACUGAACUUCCAAUUGCUGGCUUGUCCAAAAUUUCUGUAUGUUGAUUCUUUAAUUAAUAAAAAUUGAUUUAUUAAUUGGGAAUUAGCUAAUAUUUAUAACAGAUGAUUUGGUUUUUUGUUUGAGCUUUUUCCUCCCACCCUCCCUCAAGAAUUUUCUUGUGAAGGCAUCUCCAGUUCCAGAAUUGGAGCUUUAAAUGCCUGUUUAUGAUAGAAGAAAAAUGAUAAGAAGAACAAAAAACAUAUAAGCAGCCUUUGUUAAAAAUUUUGCAGAUAACAUAAGAAUUAUUAAGAAUUCUAUAUUGUAACUAGCAGCUAUGAUUUUUAAGUGUUAGCUUUUAAAGAUAUUUAUUAAUGCUAUAUUCAUUAUAUAGUAUGAAUUGACUGAUAUGAUAAAGUUAUUGUCAUGCCAUAUGGCCUCUUUUUCUUGUGUGUGUUGUUUGUUUAUCUGCCUGUGGCACACAGGUCACUCAAGGAUUUUUUCCUUGUCUUUGUGGGAAAUAUGGUUAUUUAAUUCAUGUUCUAUAAAUAAUUAUAGAUUGGGAACUGUGAUAUAUAUUGUAUAAAGGUAUGUGUGUGUCUGCUCAACCCUCACGUUUCACGAACUUCUGUAAAGCACCUCCCUGAUCCUCCGGGUUCCAAAAAUAGAAGGUGAGAACACGAGGCGCUGAUGACUUACCCCUGCCUACGUGCAGCUAAACUCAUCGGGACUUGCAACGAUCAAACGCUACCGUGCCAGCAAGGACUUAUAUCGGUCAUCACACACCUACUCAAAGCAAGGACUAACUCUGGACAUUAGCAUUUGAAUGUGCCCGGGGACCCUUUUGGGAUUUAAUGUAAAUAAAGCUAAUGGCCGAUGAUUAGAGAAACAAUGGGAGGAAGGUUGCCGAAGGGGAAGUUAAGGGUAUUUAAGUUGGGCCUUUAGGUGGGCAAAUUUGUGAACCCGGUUAGAUACACCGACUGCCAGGUCCUGUGUAUCUAGGGUCACCCUUGGCUCAACUUUUCCCGGGAGAACUUCGGUCAAGUAAGUUUCGC